UAUGGACAACCUCAAUACUAUGAUGCACUUCUUACAGCUUUGUCUUGAAUACGCAAACGACUAUGUCUCGCUCUGUGAAUGUUCUCUUCGAGAAACGAUAGUUGACAGUGGAGCUUCACUCAGAGAGCUCAUCGCCACGGCUAAGCAGAAUGUGGCGGAGGUCAAUAUCCUGUCGGCUGCAUAUGAAAAAACAAACAAUAUAUUCCGAGAUGGCCGCUUCAAUUCUUUAUUCCGUCGUCGCUUUAGCCUGACGGUAACGCGAGCAGAGCAGUCUAUGUUCCACCGAUCAGCGCCAAAUCACUGCUAUGGAAGAUUCUCUCCCAGAGUUCGUUGCGGUCGCAAGAGAAGCGGUGAACCCAAAAGGAAUUGACG